AUGAGUAAUUUGCUAAAAAAGUAUAACAUUCGUCAUAAGAUUGCUACUGCAUAUCAUCCUCAAACUAAUGGAUUAGUGGAGGUAUCAAAUAGAGCAAUAAAAUCAAUUGUAGAGAAGUCUAUGAAUGUAAAUAGGAAGGACUGGGCUAUUAAACUUGACGAUGCUUUGUGGGACUAUAGAAUUGCUUAUCAAAAUCUUUUAGGUGAAGCAAGAUUGCUACAGUUACAUGAGUUGGAUGAGUUUCGUCAGUUUUCUUAUGAGAAGGCUAAGAUGUACAAAGAACAAAUCAAGAAGUGGCAUGAUAAGAAAAUGAUGAAUAAGAACUUGGAACCUGGAGACUGA